CCUUCUUCACUCCAAGGUCUCACUUUUCUCCCUUCUCUCUCUCUCUUUCUCUCGGUUCGUGCUCUUUGAUGGCAGGGAAGGGAGAGGGGUCCCCUCCGGAGGGGAAUGAGGAGGCGGAGAGGUGCCCGGUGGAGGAGGUAGCGCUGGUGGUGCCGGAGACGGACGACCCGACGAUGCCAGUGAUGACAUUCCGCGCGUGGUUCCUCGGCCUGACGUCCUGCUCCCUCCUCAUAUUCCUCAACACCUUCUUCACCUACCGCACGCAGCCGCUCACCAUCUCGGCCAUCCUCGUGCAGAUCGCGGUGCUGCCCAUCGGCCAGUUCAUGGCCUCCGUGCUGCCCAAUCGAGAGGUGAGGCUCUUCCCCGGUGGUUGGGGGUUCAACCUCAACCCCGGCCCUUUCAACAUCAAGGAGCACGUCAUCAUCACCGUCUUCGCCAACUGCGGCGUGUCCAUCGGAGGAGGGGAUGCCUACUCCAUAGGCGCCAUUACGGUGAUGAAAGCCUACUACAAGCAGAGCUUGAGUUUUCUCUGCGCCCUCGUUAUCGUGCUCACGACGCAGGUAUUGGGUUAUGGCUGGGCUGGAAUGAUGAGAAAGUAUCUGGUGGAGCCAGCUGAUAUGUGGUGGCCUGCUAACCUUGCUCAGGUCUCCCUCUUCAGAGCUUUACAUGAGAAGGAUGAGAAAUCGAAAGGCCUAAGCCGGAUGAACUUCUUUCUCGUAUUCUUCAUUGCCAGCUUUGGCUACUACAUUUUUCCUGGCUACCUCUUACCAAUAUUGACCUUCUUCUCAUGGAUGUGUUGGAUAUGGCCUCAUAGUAUCACUGCACAGCAGAUUGGAUCGGCGUAUCAUGGACUUGGGGUUGGUGCAUUUACACUCGAUUGGGCAGGAAUCUCAGCGUACCAUGGGAGUCCUCUAGUGACUCCAUGGUUUUCCAUCCUCAAUGUGGCUGUUGGAUUCAUUAUGUUUAUCUACAUAAUAGUCCCUUUAUGCUACUGGAAAUUUAACACAUUCAAUGCGCAGAAGUUUCCAAUAUUCUCCAAUCAGCUCUUCACUACAACAGGCCAGAAAUAUGACACUACCAAGAUAUUGACACCGAAUUUUGAUCUGAAUGUCGCUGCAUAUGAGAGUUACGGAAAGCUCUAUCUUAGUCCUCUUUUUGCACUCUCGAUAGGAUCAGGAUUUGCAAGAUUCACAGCAACCAUUACCCAUGUUAUUCUCUUCCAUGGAAGUGACAUCUGGAGGCAAAGCAAGUCAGCAAUGAACUCAGCAAACUUGGACAUUCAUGCUAAACUGAUGAGGAAAUACAAGCAAGUACCUCAGUGGUGGUUCCUCAUUCUACUACUAGGAAGCAUUGUAUUAUCACUAAUGAUGUCCUUCAUUUGGAAACGAGAUGUGCAGCUUCCAUGGUGGGGCAUGAUAUUUGCUUUUGGUUUGGCUUGGCUUGUUACACUUCCCAUUGGAGUAAUUCAAGCAACCACAAAUCAGCAACCUGGAUAUGAUAUCAUAGCCCAGUAUAUGAUUGGGUAUGUCCUUCCUGGAAAACCGAUUGCUAAUCUUCUGUUCAAGAUCUAUGGGAGAAUCAGCACUAUCCAUGCCCUUUCAUUCCUUGCUGAUCUGAAGCUUGGCCAUUAUAUGAAGAUUCCACCUCGGUGCAUGUACACUGCUCAGCUUGUCGGAACUCUUGUUUCUGGAGUCUUGAACCUUGCUGUGGCUUGGUGGAUGCUCGAAAAAAUUACGAAUAUCUGUGAUGUUGAAUCUCUACAUCCUGACAGCCCAUGGACUUGCCCCAAGUAUAGAGUUACCUUUGACGCUUCCGUCAUAUGGGGUCUCAUAGGCCCCGGUCGCCUCUUUGGGCAUGGAGGCCUUUACCGGAAUUUGGUGUGGUUGUUCCUUAUCGGAGCUUUCUUGCCGGUUCCGAUAUGGAUAUUGAGCAAAAUGUACCCAGAGAAGAAGUGGAUCCCGCUCAUCAACAUUCCUGUCAUAUCUUAUGGUUUUGCCGGUAUGCCGCCUGCAACGCCAACCAACAUAGCUAGCUGGCUCCUGACCGGAACCAUCUUCAACUACUUUGUUUUCCGAUAUCGAAAGGGUUGGUGGCAGAGGUACAACUAUGUGUUAUCUGCAGCUCUGGAUGCGGGCACGGCAUUCAUGGGGGUGCUAUUGUUCUUUGCCCUCCAGAAUGAGGGUCACAACCUGAACUGGUGGGGCACAGAGCUUGAUCACUGCCCACUGGCAACAUGUCCGACUGCACCGGGAAUAUCGGUCAAAGGAUGCCCAGUCUUCUAACAAUAAAUUUAAGCUCAAAGAAGUCUUUGGUAGACGAUAACUCCUCUGAGAUCAUAGAAUGAGCAAAUUCGGACAUCGGAGAUGAUGGUUCACAAAGUUGAGGAAUGCGAACACACAUUUGUUAGUGUUCAGAUAAAUGAUUCCUUGGUGUUUUUCUCACUUUAAAUGUGUAGGUUGAUGAACGAUUUAGACAUCUCUGUUUAAAAGUGAUUAUUGGUAUGAAGUGAGUGAUGUUAGUUUACCUAGUUCUUGUGCAGAGGUUUGAACUUUGUGUUGAUCAAGUUUAUAGCAUUUUGGUAUUCUGAUUC